AGCCCUCUUUACUUUUGCCACACCAGUGUGGCUGCAAGCCAUGCAAGCCAUGCAUCCCAUGGAUGCUUCCAAAGUGGCAGCGAUUGCUGAAAUUGCUGAAGGAAUUCAAGAUGAAAUGCUCGCAGCCAUGUCGAGCCAUAUGCGGAAUGCCGCUGCAGCUUGCGCUGAGGUCUGCGCUGCGAGACUCAACAUGCUGCAAAACGCCCUGUCGCGCAACCUGGAUGAGGCGCGGCGGCAUGCCAUCAGCGCAAGCCCGCUCACUAGCAAUCUUGCCACAGCACAACAGGUGCUGACUGCCGCAGCUGAUACAAAACGUGCAGCUUUGGCAAGGCAGAUCCGGACCAAGCUCGAGGCCCAGGGGGAGACAGCUACCAGCUUCCUGAGAACACGGUCGAUUGCUGCGAAUCAGGGCCUCGUGAGCCGGGAUGAAUUCGUCGCUUGCAUUGCUUCACUCGGGCUACCCAUUAGCCAUGCGGAAAUCCUGGAUUUGUUCGCCUUUGCAGUUGGCAGUACAGAGCGUGACACUGCGGUAUUGGAGGAGGUGACUCAGGUGCUGGAUGCUGCUCUUCCGCAUCUUGCACCUGUGGGUGGAUCUUCAGGUCCUGUGAAUUUGAGCCCAGAGGCGGAGAGAGUCGUCGGGCGCGUGCGCAGCGCUGUGGGCCGGUCCGGGAGGCCUUUCGAGGAGGUCUUCCGCGGCUUCUGCCGCGCAGGGGGCCGCGGGGCGAGCACCAUGACCAGAGCGGACUUGGCCCGGGUCCUGUCCACAUUCGACCCGGACAUUGACCCGGAGGUGGUGGCUCGCUUGUGGCGACUCUCCGUUCCUGAGAGCGCCACUGGCCUGGACUUCUCCAGCUUCUGCAGCUGGUUCUGUCCCGGAGGGCGAGCCCUGGCGGGCCAUGGCGGACAUCCGCAUACUCCCACUGGUCUCAGCGAGUCGCAUAUGCUGUCACAGCUGCUUGAGAGAAGCAUGCCGCGCUCUCCGGGGAACUUGCCCUCGCCCCUCUCCGCCUCGAUGCCCAACCUUUGCCAUUUGGAUCAGCCGCUCCCAGUUUCGCCGGCAGCUCGUGCCACCACGCUGACCCCAGAGCAGCUGCUGUCCAACGAGUUCCGACAGGCGCCGAGGAAUGCAUGGCCUACAUGGCCAGCGCUGCAGGCGGGAUGUGUGCAGCCGCCGCCUCUGUCAAGCCUGUCGUCACAAGAGGACUUCCCGGCCAUGGCCUGUCUGAGCCGCUUACACGGGUAUCUCGCUCUCAAAGGCUUGACUCUGAACUUUGCCUUUGUGCUCUACGACACCCACAUGGAGCAGGCGGUCACUCGGGAAGGCUUCGUGUCCGCCAUCGAGCACCACGGAUUUCCCAUCUCCAAAGCUGAGGCCGAAGCCAUCUUCGCCCGCCUGGCCCGGCAAAAGCCGAACCAGACGCUGAGCCUCUUCUUUGAGGACUUGCAAAACUGUAUGGCCAGCUUGCCAAAUCCCCUACCCCAGGUGCAAUGGGGGAAGGACUUGAUCAAGUCAGUCGACAAGAUCACUCGAGCACAAGGAACGCCGCUCGAGACUCUCUUCAGACAGCUUGGAGCGGAGUCAGUCUCCGAGUUGGAUGUGCGGGCAAUCCUGUCAAGAUAUUCGCCCCUGAGCUCAGCACAAUGGGCCAAUCUGCUGCCGCUUUUGGACAAGAAGUCAGAUGGUGCUUUGCCCUGGCAAUCGAUCCUCAAGUGGGCUGGCCUUGACUCCGGGGUCACGGCGCCUGCGCUGCCCGCGCCCGCCACGCCUGCGCCCAUGCCGGUGCCCGCGGUGCCUGCGGUACCUGUGCCCGCACCAGCGAUGCCGGUGCCAGUGCCGGCAAAGCCUGCGAUGUCGCCACCUCCGCCAACGCCUUCACCUCCAACAAUCAUCAGACCGUCCACUAUGCCAGCCGUUCCCGCGCCUGCACUGCCGAUGCCACCAGGCAAAAGUGUGAUGCCCCCUGCUCCAGCCAGACCUGCAUCAUCACCCUCACCACCUGCACCUUCGCCUCCGGGCGCAAUGAGAUCCUUUUCGUCCUUCUCGUCUUCCUCUCCAGCUGGGGUGCGGCCCCUUUCUGUGUCUGUGCCAAGACCACUGACGCCUGUAUCAACCAUUCCACCCCCUUUGCCACCGUCAAGUUCGGCACUGGGAAGUCACCAAGUGUCGCCCCCACCUCCUGCACCGCCGGGUGGCCCAUUGCCCCCGCCGCCUUCAGCGUGGACUCGCAGCUGACCGCUGACCUGCCAGAAAUGCGCCAGUCACGCACAACAGGGCAAGGGG